AGACCAAUAAAUGAGCUGGUUCUGCCUCGCAUGAUUUAAGCCCUUCAGUCUUAGUUGAUAAAUAAGCGUUUCAGUAUUGCCACGACCUAUCUUCUCCUGUGAAAGACCGCUGAAGGAGAAGAUGCUUCGCCUUUUUCUCCUGCAAUUGCUCCUCCUCGCAUGUUUCUCUCCAUCCUUUGUUCAUUCUAUGGAGUCAAGUGCCUCCAAGUGCUCCAAUAUUUCCAUUCCUUAUCCUUUUGGUAUUCCUGGCAAGAGCCCCUCCUUGUCAAAAGGGUUUGAGAUCACAUGUAAUCCAUCUGGAACUGGUCCGGUGCUUCCCAUUGGAAACAGUGUGUUCGGGAUUCUUGACAUCUCAUUGCUUGAUGGUUUUGUGAGCAUAUUGGCUAGUGCCAAUUCUCAGCAGUGCAAAGGGAACCAUAGCGUUAACCUUGAGGGGACCAUCUUCACAUUCUCAGAUACAAGAAACAAGUUCACAGCUGUGGGUUGUAAUGUGGUGGCCAUGCUGUUGAAUGGUAGUAGUGGUUAUAGCGGUGGCUGUGCUUCCUUCUGCUCUACCAAAGAUAACAUCAUUAAUGGUUCAUGCUCUGGUGUGGCUUGCUGCCAAGCACCGGUGCCGAAAGGGUUAAAGAAGCUGGAGUUAGUGUUCAGUAUUAUAUCCAACAAGGACAACAGUACUCCAUCAUGUGGCGAGGCCUUCAUCGUGGAGCAAAACUCGUAUAUGUUCUCAAGUCUUGACUUGAGUAACACAAAUAAUACAAAUCCUCAAUACCGACCUGUUGUGCUUGAGUGGUCUAUAGAUGGUGGCAGCUGCGAGGAGGCAAAACGGUCAUCAUAUGCCUGCCGGGAGAAUACCUACUGCUACAACUCAUCAAAUGGAAUUGGCUACCGCUGCAAUUGCUCCAAUGGGUUUGAGGGGAACCCGUAUCUGCAAGGGCCUGAUGGAUGCCAAGAUAUUGAUGAAUGCUCCAACAGAAAUCCAUGCACACAUAAGUGUGUCAACACAGAAGGUAGUUUCUACUGCAUGUGCCCAGCAGGGAUGAGAGGCGAUGGCUUGAAGGGGGGAACUGGUUGCAAUGGAGUUGGUACGCUACAAAUUGCUAUAGUUGCAGGAUUUGCUUUGUUAGUGCUUCUCCUUGUUCUUGGUUUUUGGACCCAUUGGCUUGUUAAGAAGAGAAAACUUGCAAAGAUAAGACAGAGAUACUUUAUGCAGAAUGGUGGAUUGUUGUUGAAGCAGCAGGUGUUUUCUCGGAGGGCGCCACUACAUAUAUUCACCUCAAGUGAGCUUGACAAAGCAACCAACUACUUCAGUGAUAACAAUAUUGUUGGUAGAGGGGGAUUUGGUACUGUGUACAAAGGCAUAUUAUCCAAUCAAAUGGUUGUGGCAAUCAAGAAGGCACAACGAGUUGAUCGGAGCCAAAUGGAACAAUUCAUCAAUGAGUUGGUCAUCCUUUCACAAGUGAACCACAAGAAUGUGGUCCAGUUACUAGGAUGUUGUCUUGAGACAGAAGUUCCCUUAUUGGUUUAUGAAUUCAUUACCAAUGGGACCCUUUUUCAUCAUCUUCACAAUACAUCAGCCCCAAUGUCAUGGGAGAACCGUCUAAGGAUUGCAGUUGAAACUGCAUCAUCACUUGCAUACUUACACUUAGCUACAAAGAUACCGAUAAUUCACAGAGAUGUCAAGUCAUCAAACAUACUCCUUGACGAGAGCUUCGUCGCAAAGGUAUCCGAUUUUGGUGCCUCAAGACCAAUGCCAUACAAUCAGACUCAUGUGACAACAUUAGUGCAAGGGACACUAGGGUACAUGGACCCUGAGUACUUUCGGACAAGCCAACUGACUGAGAAGAGUGAUGUGUACAGCUUUGGUGUGGUACUUAGCGAGCUACUGACAAGGAAGAAACCUAUUUUUGAUGGUACAAUGGAAGAGGUGAGAAGCCUAGCACUGCAUUUUAGUAUGUUAUUCCAUCAAAAUCAGUUGUUGAAGAUUGUAGAUCCUGAAGUAGCUGAGGAAGCUGGAAUGAGACAUGUUGAAACAGUUGCAAAGUUGGCUUUACGAUGCUUAAGGUUGAAAGGUGAAGAAAGGCCAAGGAUGAUAGAGGUUGCAAUUGAACUUGAAGCGCUUAGAAGGCUGAUGAAACAACACUUGAUCAAGAAGAGCCAGCCUCUGCUUCAGGAGUCAAGGUGCCACGAAGAGAUGAGUAUUGAUGUAGCAUCUAGUAUGCGCCCUGACGAUGAUGGCAUUGCUGAAGAUGAAAGCAUAUAGAUCAUUCUACUCCCACCCAGGAAUCUCUCAUAAAAAUGGUUUGUUUUAACCAAGAUAAAAAAACUUGUUCCUAACUUCUUGGUUCCAUCUUAAUGAUCUCUUCCUCAUGUGCUUAGCUGCUACAAGCAAAAUCCCGAAGUAUGGUUAUAUUAGGACUUUUUGAUAUACCAUUUGUCCAAUCUCCGUUCAGCUCUAUUUUUCUAUGUUCCACUCGACAAUCGUAGUUCGAUGAGUCAUGACAAUUCGGCUAAAGAUACCCAUUUGGAUUGAAUCAAAAGUUAAGAAAGAAAUAAAGAGACUUUUUCUUGUUUC